AUGUCCACCAUCUCAGCGCCUUUGCAAAGCACUGACUUUUCGUACUACUCAAUUCAAAUGACGACCGGUACGAAUCAGGGCGGCUCUCCUCAGACCUGGUCGCUCGUGGUUGAUUCUGGAUCUCCGGUCACGUUCAUUGGCGCCAAUGCAAAGAACGUCUACAAGCCCUCGCCCGCAGCAAAGACGGGCUUGCACGACUUUGUGGAGAAUUUCGGCGACGGAACAGUCAGCGUGGCCGGCUCGAUGGCUCGCGACUGGAGUCAGAUAUCACCACAGCUCAACCUACUUUCUGGGUUUGCCGUAGUCGAUGCGACAAGGUCGACCACUUUUGAGCAAGAAGUCGAGACAAUGGACGGCAUCUUCGCUCUUGCUCCUCACGAACUGCUCUCGAUUGCACUCAAGAAUGACACAUUUCAGUCUUACAUCGCAGGGCUCAAGGAUGCCCAUCUCAUCCCAAAAGGAUUGAUGGCAAUUGAUUUGCGUCGCUCUACGAGCCAAAACGAAUUGACGGGCAAGAUGAUCUUUGGAGGCUAUGACACAACUGCUCUCUCGGCGCCGCUCAUCUGGUCCGCCCGUCAAGACAUUGCAUCGAACCCCUAUUGGGGCCUGAAUAUCGCGAUACCUCAGCUGGGCCUCGCUCUCGAUUCUGCAGACGGUCCUGCUCUCGUAGACACGGGUACAUCGCUUGCCUAUAUACCCGAUGCGGCCUAUCAGCGCUUCAUUGGCUCCAUCCCCGGUGCAGUCGAUGAUGCCACAUCUGGCUCGGUUAAGAUGCCACUCAACGCAGUCGUACCCGAUCUGACCAUCAAACUCGUUAAUGGUAGCGUCGUCAUUCCGGGCGCCCUACAGGUCAUACCCGAAAUGGAGAGGGACUUGCUAGGCUACUCGAAAGACUUCAAGUAUUCUAUUUGGGCAAAUGGACAAGGGGGUUCAGGCUCAAUCGUAUUGGGCAUGAAAGCACUCGAGGCUCUCUAUCUUGUCUUCGACUGGGACGGAGGCCAGAUCGGGCUUGCGCAGAAGAAGCUUUGA